AUGUGGAGGAGAUUGGUGCAAAUUCGACGAAAGUUCUCUACUAAACUUGUAGUAGAUGAUGUUGUGUCCAGGGCGAAGCGACCGAUGCGUCGAGCGCAACUGUCGUCGGCAAAUCGGAUAAUCGUCAAACUAGGGUCUGCGGUAAUCACACGAGAAGACGAGUGUGGACUAGCUUUAGGAAGACUAGCGUCCAUUGUGGAGCAGGUGUCCUGGCUCCAUAACAACGGGAAGGAGGUAGUGUUGGUGACCAGUGGAGCUGUGGCAUUUGGGAAACAGAGAAUGAAGCAUGAGAAACUCUUGUCGCAGAGCAUGCGCUCGGCUCUCCUGCCAAACUCGGAAAGGAGAGACUUGGAGCCCCGAGCGUGCGCCGCUGCAGGCCAGGCAGGGCUCAUGGCUCUCUAUGAGUCAAUGUUUGCUCAGUACGGCAUCAGCUGCGCGCAGGUUCUUCUGACAGGCUAUGAUUUCCUGGCUCCAGAGGGUCCCCAGAACUUCUUGCAGACUUUGGAUUGUCUCCUCGGCAUGAAGGUGGUUCCAAUCCUCAACGGCAACGACGUCCACUCACCACCUCCUCAGAGGAAUUCCGACCUCCAAGAUGUGGUGAGUAUUCCUGAUAAUGAUUGUCUGAGUUCUCUGGUGGCCAUAUCCACUCGUGCCGACCUCCUCAUUUUCCUGUCUGAUGUGGAUGGACUCUUCACUGGUCAUCCGUCAGACUCAAAGUCCAGACUCAUCAGGACCUACUAUCCUGAACACCCCAUGCAGGUUUCCUUCUGGGGAAAGUCCCGUGUCGGACUUGGAGGAAUGGAGAAUAAGCUCAAUUCUGCAGUGAAGGCUGUGGAGGGGGGAACCCCUGUGGUGAUUGCCAAUGGGACAAAGGGAGAGGGGACAAUCCUGGACAUUGUGAGAGGAAGACCAGUUGGGACACUAGUUGCAAGCAACGGCCACAGCGAGCUGACUGUCUCAGCCGAGCAACUCGCUGAUCAAGCUCGGAGUGGCAGUCGAGCUCUGCAGGGUCUCUCCUCAGAGCAGAGGGCCUCAGUUCUCCACCACCUGGCCUCACUGCUGGUGGAGAGGGAGGAGGAAAUCUUGGCUGCUAACCAGAGAGAUCUGGAUUCAGCCAGUGACCUGUCGGGUCCUCUCAGAGCCAGACUCUCGCUCUCUCCACAGAGACUGGCCUCUCUAGCUGACGGCCUCAGGCAACUGGCAGGUCAGCUACUUUACUUAUGUGACUCUUCUCAUUACUUCCUCCCUACACAGAAGGGCGUGGUUUCCAGAGACAUAGUUGGUGAGGAGGUGGAGAGGGUAUUAGUUGGGGAAGGGUUGGAGCUGGUGAAGAGGAAAGUCCCUCUCGGAGUGGUGCUGGUUGUGUUUGAGUCUCGUCCUGACUGCUUGCCUCAGUUGGCUGGACUUGCCAUAGCUACUGGCAAUGGACUGCUACUGAAGGGAGGGAGUGAGGCUCUUCACAGCAACAGAUGUCUCCAUUCUCUAGUGCAAGAGGCUCUACAAACAGUGGUCCCUGCUGGAACUGUGGCACUGGUGGACAGUCGGGAGGAGAUUAGUGAGCUGUUGACACUAGAGGGUAAGAUAGACCUUGCCAUUCCGCGGGGAGGGCAAGAUCUGGUGAGAGCAGUGAUGGAAAUGUCCAGUGGGAGACUUCCGGUCCUGGGCCACACUGAGGGGGUCUGCCAUGUCUUCCUUGACCAGCACGCUGAUCUGGAGAAGGCUCUUCGCAUCGUAUUGGACUCCAAGUGCAGCUAUCCUGCAGCCUGCAAUGCAUUGGAGAGUCUUCUGGUGCACUCUGACCUCCUCGACACCCCAGCCUUCACUGCCCUCACCUCAUCCCUCAAACACAAUGGAGUGACAGUGUACCCAGGACCAACUCUGGCCACCUUGCUCCCUGUCCCGUCACCCGUGGCAACACUAGGCACCGAGUACGGAGGACUGGAGGUCACCGUGGAGGUCGUGAGGUCAGUGGAAGAGGCUGUGGAACAUGUCAACAGUUAUGGCAGUGGACACACCGACUGCAUCAUUACUGAAGACGCUGAAGCUGCUCGCCAGUUCCUGAGUGGAGUUGACAGUGCCUGCGUCUUCCACAAUGCUAGUACACGAUUCUCAGACGGCUACCGGUUCGGACUGGGGGCAGAGGUCGGUAUCAGCACCGGUCGGAUCCACGCUCGAGGUCCCGUGGGUAAAGAGGGUCUAAUGACGUCGCAGUGGGUGCUGCAAGGCCAGGGACACACCGUCGCUGACUUUGAAGGGCCUGCCAGUACACAUCACUACAGCCACGUCUCCCUCAAACCCUCUGUGGACAGAGGAUCAGCUACCAACCACAGAGAACCUCUCGAGAACACAGUCAUGAACUAAACCACCUCUCACUCAACAAAACAUUCAUGCAUGUUUACAAGAAUCACUGCACAUUUUUGCACAAGUCCCAAGUUCUAGCCCCGCCCACUCCCAUCGAUUUUCUUGACCUCUUCCCUGAGGUUCUUUGCAAAGUUUCUGGCUAUUCGCACGAGCCUCCCGUGACCUCUAGCCUCCAUUCGGCGGGCCUGCAGUCCUCCCAGCUGCCCGGCGCUCUCUCCCAGCCUCACCCACAGGAAGACAAGGAGCUGGGCCGCUCGUCUGAGCGGCGCCGUCUCGGCUAGCCUCUGGCUGUCAGCUAGCUGGUUCAGAGCACGUCUGGGGACAGGAGAAAUCGGAAACUGGUGAAAUGGAGCCUCUGUCCCUCCACUUACCUCACAAAAAUUCGCCAU